UCACUACAAAAAGAGGGUCCUGCAUCUUAAUAAACCCGACUCCGCCCCUUAGUGACAGCUUCUGGCUCCACCUCCUCGGAGAGACAUGAUACUCCGCCCCUUCCGGGUGAUAGGCAAGCCCCUCCGCUAGUGCGCGACGGAGUCCCUGUGACGUAAUGGCAACGGUCCGUUUCCGGGGUGGAGCCAGGGAGGGCGGGAGAUUAGGCUGCGCCGACCCCACAGCCCCCCUCCAGGAGACGUUCGGAACCCAGGACAUGUCGGGAUUGAGGAGAUACGAGGUGGCGCUGGAGGCGGAGGAGGAGAUCUACUGGGGCUGUUUCUACUUUUUCCCCUGGCUGCGCAUGUGGCGGAGGGAGCGGAGCUCGGCGCACCCCCGGGAGCAGAAGCUGGAGCCUCUGCGGGGCCUGAUGAGCUGUCUGUCGAGCGGCCUGGGCCCUGCUCCCCAGCGCACGGGUCGUGGCCUUCCCCGCCGCGCCCCCGCCUCCGCUGGCCAGCCAGCCGGUGCAUUAAAGAUUUAAACCGAAGCCCACGUACUGCCCUCCUGACUGUCGCCGCUGCCACCACUCGGGCUGGGAGCCCCUCUUCACACUGGCACUGUUUCCUUCAGACAGGGUCUUCCUCCCCCAUAGGGUGCCCUUGCAUGUGAAGGCCCCCGUUAUUCCUAAGGGCCCCUCAGCAGCGUCAGGCUUCCUGUUCCUAUUAGUGACUGCUUCCCCUCGUGCAACCCCCCUCCCCCAAAAAAAACACCCAUCACUGUAAGUAGUCUGUGUGAAGAGAACUUAGUCUUGGUCUGUUCUUCCUCUCAGCCUCAGCCCCACACUAUGUGUUCCCACAGCCUGGACUCUGUUACCGACGUCCUCCUAGCCAAGACUUUGCUAGGUGUCUGAAGAAUCUGCUCUUCCUGGGAGAGCUCUAAAACAUUCUAACCUAGGUGUAGAAAGUAGGCUCUGAGAAGGGAAGAUUCUUAAAAACUGCCUUCCUCAACCUGCCACAGAGCAGUGAAUUUAGGGACGUUACCUAUACUCCCAACUUUGGCUCCUUCACUCUGAUCCCAGGUCUAGAGAUACUUGGCAUCAGCCUACCUAACAGUUCUUUCUACUGUACCUUCACUGGAGAGUCUUGAGAGCCACUUCUCCCUGCCAUCCCUUUCACUCUUAUCACCCAGUCAGCCCUAUACCCUCUAGCUCCUAAAGUGGUGAGAGUCACUGGCUGCUUUGUGGACCUUUCAGUCAGGGACUGGCCAUAGCACCAGAAAGGACAUGCAAUGAUUAAGUUAAAUAAUCCAAUUUCUGUCCAGGGCCAAAGCUAGUUGACUUUCAGGCUGGGAGUCCCUCUGCCACAGCAGGUCGUGGCUGAAAAGAAGACUUGGCCUUAUUUUUGGAGAAGCCAGAGGAGAAAAAUAAGGGGAUACCCAGAAGAAUUCAUUCCCAACAUGUGCCCACCUAUUCCCUGCCUUCAAAAGGUCUCUGGACCAGGAAUCAGCAG